GGUUGUUAAAAAAUAAAUAUAAGGGCGGCCAUCUUUGUUUCUUUGCCUUGUAGUGUAAAAUAUUCCAAAACGCCCCCCACUUUUUGUGUGUCGAUUUGAAUAUUAAAUAAAUAUCAUAAUUCGGAAGGGAUACACUUUUAGAUCUUCCGGAACGGGGUCGCUGACGGAAAUAUAAUGUCCUCUCUUCUCCGUUCUUGUGAGGAAGAUGAGGGCACGGCGGUUAAUUCCGAGGGAGGAGAUUUUGAUGAAGAAGAAGACGACGGGGACCUGGACGCAAGCGACAUAAACUCGCCGGCGGCGCCUAGAGAAACUGCAGCGAGAGCCGCGCCAGAUGAUGGAGAUGAUAUCAGUGGUAUAUCGGAGAGAGACACUCUGGGGAAAAAGAAGCGAGGGCCCAAGAAAAAGAAAGAGACAAAGAAGAAAGACAAAGAGAAGGAGGGCAAGAUGGCCAAAGCACGCAAGCGCAAAAAAAUAGAGAGUGACAUAGAGAGAGAUUCAGAGGCCGACUAUGGCGUGAACUCAGACAGUGCUGCCAGUGAUUAUGGAGGAGAGAAGAAAAAGAAGAAAAAACACAAGGACAAAAAAGAGAAGAAAACCAAGAAAAAGAAGAAGGAGGAUGAUGACAGUACACAUGAAGAGACCCCAAAGCCGGUAGAGCUAAAGACAUCGGCCCAGCUGGCUAAGGACUGGGGUCUCGAAGAUGUUGAUCACACAUUCACAGAGGAGGAUUACCGAACACUAACCAACUACAAAGCAUUUAGCCAGUUUCUGAGACCCAUGAUUGCCAAGAAGAACCCCAAAAUCCCCAUGUCUAAAAUGAUGACCAUUCUGGGGGCCAAAUGGCGGGAGUUUAGCUCUAAUAAUCCAUUUAAAGGUUCAGCAGCAGCCGUGGCUGCCGCUGCUGCCGCCGCCGCUGCAGCCGUUGCAGAGCAGGUCUCUGCAGCAAGAGCCUCCCCUGACCCUCCUCCUCAGCCACCACCACUUCGCAAGGCCAAGACCAAAGAGGGGAAAGGCCCUGGCUACAAGAAACGCAGUAAGAGUCCUCGUGUCUCAGACAAGAAGAAGCCGAAACCCAAGAAAAUGGCUCCUCUACGCAUCAAACUUGGAUCAUUGGGCACCAAAAGGAAGAAGAGCAGCUCGAGCGAAGAGGUAGACGAUGACGAUUCUGAGCAGGAGAACUCCAGCGUUCACAGUUCUUCAGUGCGCUCGGACAGUUCGGGACGGGUGAAGAAAAACAAAAGGGGUCGUCCGGCCAAGAAGAAAAAAGUGCUGGGCGACGAGGAUGCCGAUGGCUAUGAAACGGACCACCAGGACUACUGCGAAGUGUGUCAGCAGGGAGGGGAGAUCAUUCUGUGUGACACCUGUCCUCGAGCGUACCACCUGGUGUGCCUGGAGCCCGAGCUGGAAAAAGCCCCGGAGGGCAAAUGGAGCUGCCCUCACUGUGAGAAAGAAGGAAUCCAAUGGGAAGCAAAGGAAGAAGACUUUGAGGACUUUGAAGAGGAGUGCGAUGAUGUCAGGGAUGUGGAGGUGGGGCUGGGUGGAGAGGAAGAGGAGGAUGAUCACAUGGAGUUCUGUCGUGUGUGUAAAGAUGGAGGAGAGCUGCUGUGCUGUGACUCCUGCCCAUCGUCCUAUCACAUUCACUGCCUGAACCCGCCGCUGCCCGAGAUCCCCAACGGAGAGUGGCUCUGUCCACGCUGCACUUGUCCACCAAUCAAAGGUCGAGUGCAAAAAAUUCUGCACUGGCGAUGGGGUGAUCCACCACCUUCAGUUCCUGUCCCGCCACCCCCGGACGCACCCCCUGAUGCCCCGCCCCCUCCGCCCAUGAAGGGGCGUCCCGAGAGAGAGUUCUUUGUGAAGCUAGCAGCACAGUCCUAUUGGCAUUGUACCUGGAUUACAGAGCUACAGCUGGAGAUCUUCCACUCUGUGAUGUUCCGGAACUAUCAGAGGAAAACAGACAUGGACGAGCCGCCCAGUCUGGACUAUGGUUCUGGAGGAGAGGAGGAUUCUGGGAAAAGUGAGAAGCGGAGGGCCAAAGACCCUCAGUAUGCCAUCCUGGAAGAAAAAUACUAUCGUUAUGGAAUCAAGCCAGAAUGGAUGAUCGUGCACAGAAUAAUCAAUCACAGCAGUGUGGAUAAAAAGGGGAACUACCACUAUCUGGUUAAAUGGAGAGAUCUGACCUACGAUCAGUGCACUUGGGAGAGAGAUGAGCUGGACAUCCCUGAGUUUGGUGUAUACAAAGCAGCCUACUGGAGACACAGGGAAGAAGUGAUGAAGGACGACCCAGAGAAACCAAGGAAGAUGAGGAGAAGAGAAGAGAAUGAUGAAGCUCCAGGCACACCGGUUAAUGAUCCCACUAUCAAGUAUGAGGAGCAGCCAGACUUUGUGACAGAAACUGGAGGAACGCUGCACCUCUAUCAGCUGGAGGGGCUUAACUGGUUGCGUUUCUCCUGGGCUCAAGGCACCGACACAAUCCUGGCUGAUGAAAUGGGUUUGGGCAAAACCAUCCAGACCAUCGUCUUCCUCUACUCACUGUUCAAAGAGGGUCACACCAAAGGGCCGUUUCUGGUGAGCGCGCCGCUCUCCACAAUCAUUAACUGGGAGAGGGAGUUUGAGAUGUGGGCUCCUGACUUCUACGUGGUUACGUACACUGGAGACAAAGACAGCCGAGCCAUCAUCCGUGAGAACGAGUUCAGCUUCGACGACACGGCGGUGAAGGGUGGAAAGAAGGCUUUCAAAUUACGGAGAGAAGCUCCCAUUAAGUUCCACGUGUUGCUGACGUCAUAUGAGCUGGUGACCAUAGACCAGAACGUCCUCAAGUCUAUCGAUUGGGCCUGUCUGGUGGUGGAUGAAGCUCACCGCCUCAAAAACAACCAGUCUAAAUUCUUCAGGAGGCUGAAUGAUUACAAGAUUGACCAUAAGUUGCUGCUGACAGGAACUCCACUGCAGAACAACCUGGAGGAACUUUUCCACCUGCUCAACUUCCUAACGCCCAACCGCUUCAAUAAUCUAGAGGGCUUUCUAGAGGAGUUUGCGGACAUCUCUAAAGAGGACCAGAUUAAGAAAUUGCACGACCUGCUCGGCCCACACAUGCUAAGAAGACUCAAAGCCGACGUGUUUAAGAACAUGCCAGCCAAAACCGAGCUGAUCGUACGAGUUGAGCUCAGCCCCAUGCAGAAAAAAUACUACAAGUUCAUUCUGACGCGUAACUUUGAGGCGCUGAACUCUAAGGGAGGAGGGAACCAGGUGUCUCUGCUCAAUAUAAUGAUGGACCUGAAGAAAUGCUGCAACCACCCCUACCUCUUCCCCGUCGCCUCUGCCGAAGCUCCUAAAACACCGAGUGGAGCUUAUGAAGGAGUGGGUCUCACAAAGGCUUCUGGGAAACUCAUGCUGCUGCAGAAAAUGCUCAGAAAACUAAAAGAACAAGGUCACCGAGUGCUCGUGUUCUCUCAGAUGACCAAGAUGCUGGAUUUGCUGGAGGAUUUUCUGGAUUAUGAGGGUUAUAAAUAUGAGCGAAUUGAUGGUGGCAUCACUGGAGCUCUGCGCCAGGAAGCCAUAGACAGAUUCAACGCUCCGGGGGCGUGUCAGUUUUGUUUUCUUCUCUCGACGCGAGCUGGUGGUCUGGGUAUCAAUUUAGCUACUGCAGACACAGUUAUCAUCUUUGAUUCUGACUGGAAUCCUCACAAUGACAUUCAGGCCUUCAGUCGAGCUCAUCGUAUUGGUCAGGCAAAUAAGGUGAUGAUCUAUCGCUUCGUGACACGGGCGUCGGUUGAGGAACGAAUCACUCAAGUGGCGAAGAGAAAGAUGAUGCUGACACACUUGGUAGUGCGGCCUGGUCUGGGCUCAAAAGCCGGAUCCAUGUCCAAACAAGAGCUGGAUGACAUUCUCAAGUUUGGCACUGAGGAGCUUUUCAAAGAUGAGAUUGAGGCAGGGGACAAUAAGGACGAUGACAGCAGCGUAAUUCACUAUGACAAUGCUGCCAUCGAGCGCCUAUUGGACCGCAGCCAGGAUGCCACAGAUGACUCUGACAUGCAGAAUAUGAACGAGUAUCUUAGCUCUUUCAAAGUGGCCCAGUACACAGUGAAAGAGGAUGACAAGAUAGAGGAGAUUGAGAGAGAGAUCAUUAAGCAGGAAGAGAACGUGGAUCCAGAUUACUGGGAAAAGCUCCUGAGGCAUCACUACGAACAACAGCAGGAAGAUCUGGCUCGCAAUCUCGGCAAGGGAAAGCGAGUCCGCAAACAAGUCAACUACAAUGACGCAGCCCAGGAGGACCAAGAGUGGCAUGCUGACAUUUCAGAUAACCAAUCAGAAUACUCUGUUGGCUCAGAGGAGGAAGAUGAGGACUUUGAUGAGAGGCCUGAAGGUCGCAGACAGUCUCGCAGGCAGCUCAGGAAUGAGAAGGAUAAACCGUUGCCCCCCCUGUUGGCCAGGGUGGGUGGCAACAUCGAGGUGUUGGGCUUUAACACGCGCCAGAGAAAGGCCUUCCUGAACGCUGUAAUGAGGUGGGGGAUGCCCGCUCAAGACGCCUUCUCUUGCCAGUGGCUCGUGCGAGACCUCCGUGGCAAGAGCGAGAAAGAGUUCAAGGCAUAUGUGUCGCUUUUCAUGAGGCAUCUCUGUGAGCCGGUGGCUGACGGUUCGGAAACGUUUGCCGAUGGUGUUCCGAGGGAGGGUCUCUGCAGGCAGCCGGUCCUUACACGUAUAGGGGUCAUGUCUCUGGUCAAGAAGAAGGUUCAAGAGUUUGAGCACAUCAACGGAAAAUGGAGCAUGCCUGAACUAAAGCCAGAGGUCACUGUGGACUCCAAGAAAUCUUCAAGAGCCUCCUCACCUGUCAUAAAGACAGACACUCCCACACCUGAACCAAGCUGUAACAACACACCCUGCACCUCCAAACCAGCCACUCCCUCUCCACCUGACAAGACAGAAAAGAGCGCCAAGGAGGCCGAGAAAGAUGAGAGCGAGUGUCAGACAGAACCAGAGAAAGACAGAGAGAAAGCAAAAGAGGGGAAGGAGGGAGAGAGGGCAGAAAGCACAGAAUAUGGAGGGACUUCCACCACGUUGAAAGAGGGUGAAAAGGAUUCAGCAACCAAUGAGAAAUCCCUAAGUCCACCUCUUGAUGACUCCAAAACAAAAGAAAACUCUGACGUCUCUCCAUCUUCUCCCAAAGAAAAGAGCGAUAAAGACAAACGUGAGGAGGACAUCUCCGAGAAGGAGGCCACCCUUGAAAAAACAAAGGGAGAUCCCACAUUUGAUUCCCAAUCUGUUAAAGAUGAGAACAGAGAGGCUGGGAAAGGGGAGAAGGGAGAGAAAAGAGAGAAGACUGGUGAGGAGAGGGAGAAGAGAGAUGAGACACCUCCCGCAGAAAUAACAGAAAAGAAAGAGAGAGCAGAUUCUGAUGUCAAAAAAGAGGAUGUGAAGGGUGAAAAGGAUCCCGAAAGAGCAAAAGACGUGAGAGGUCUCAGGGAAGAGGUAGCCAAAGGUAACGGCAAACCCAUAGAGCGUCCACGGUUCAUGUUUAACAUCGCAGAUGGAGGCUUCACAGAGCUGCACACCCUUUGGCAGAAUGAGGAGCGAGCGGCCAUUUCAUCCGGCAAGAUCAACGAGAUCUGGCAUCGGCGACAUGACUUCUGGCUGCUGGCAGGCAUUGUGUGCCAUGGCUAUGCACGCUGGCAGGAUAUUCAGAAUGACCCGCAGUUCGCCAUCGUAAACGAACCUUUCAAGACUCAAGCCAACAAAGGAAACUUCUUAGAGAUGAAGAACAAGUUCCUUGCUCGACGGUUCAAGUUGCUGGAGCAGGCCCUGGUGAUAGAGGAGCAGUUGCGUCGGGCUGCGUACCUCAACAUGACCCAGGACCCCACUCACCCGGCCAUGGCCCUGAACGCUCGUUUCGCUGAGGUGGAAUGUCUGGCUGAGUCCCACCAACAUCUCAGCAAGGAAUCGCUCGCUGGAAACAAACCUGCCAAUGCGGUCUUACAUAAGGUUCUUAACCAGCUGGAGGAGCUUCUGAGUGACAUGAAGGCAGAUGUAACGCGGCUUCCAGCUACACUCUCCAGAGUCCCACCAAUCACAGCCCGUCUGCAGAUGUCAGAGAGAAGCAUCCUCAGCAGACUGGCCAACAAGGGGAAUGAGACGCAUGGACCUCCGUCUAUUCCUCCGGGCCCCUAUGCCACCCCACAGAAUUUCGGCCCUCCCUUCACACCCGCACCUUCAGCGGCUCUUACUCUGGCCGGUGCCAACUAUAGCCAGAUGCCUCCUGGCUCCUUCAUAUCAGUGUUAAACGGACCCCCCAUGUCAGUAAAGAAGGAGAGGGAGGUGGAGCUAUUGAUGGCACGGAGGGAACAGCGCAGCGGGGAGGUGAUCUGCAUCGACGACUGAAUUUGACCCUUCCAGACUCAGUCGAACAUCUGCAUGCGAACGUAACCACAAGUAUUCCUUCAGAACACACAUACACGCACAUGCACCUGCUAACCUGCAGUUUGAUGAAUAAACACAGACUACCCUCAGUAUCACAACAGCACUUUUAUCCCAUCUUCAUGGAAUUUAGCGGAGCAGAUGCUCACCUUCGGUUUAUUUUCUCUCUAACACACACACACAAACACACAGAUCAUGUAUUUUCUUUCCUUUUAAAACAUGCCAUCCAUGAAGAUAUGAAGAGUCAGACAUGUUCAACAUUCAUCUCACUAGCGCCCCUUGACACAAACACACACGAAUCUGCAUGUAUGUUGAAUAACAUUUGCAGACCUUCACUUCACCCCCAAUGAUGAGAAUGGACCCAAUUGAUUUAGGCAGGACGCUUAUGCAUUGAGCUGUUCCUGCUUUUACACAGUGAAGUUUUUUUAAGAGAAUCCUCAUUGUGUGCUAGUGUGACGGUUUCAGAGUCGCUGUGUCCCAUUAACAAGCAGCAAACUGUUUAAAGGUCUUUAAGCUGCAGUGAGACUUUUGGUCAGGGUGGAAAUUGAGGUUAAGAGGAUCAACUGAAUAUACAGCACUAUGCAAAAGUCUUAGGCACGUUACCUAAAUUGAUUAUUUAUUUAAAUAUAUUGCUUUAGUGCAGAAAUAUAAACAUCGAUUUUAAAACAUUAUUUACAUUUUUUAUUUUUUUGUACAUUAGCUUCCCAGACAGCAGACGACUCCGAGACAGAUCCGCACUGGAGCUGCUGACUUCGGCGAGGAACCGGUGCAGAGUCAUCUGCUGUCUGGAUUUGAAAUUAGGCUGUCUAUCACUUCAUUGCAGAAUGACUCGAUGGAGAAAUCGGAUUUCUAUGUGUGCUAUACCAUCUAUUGAAAGACUUGUUUACAGUGGUGGCCAAAAUUAUUAGAACACCUGACAGAUUGGGAAAAAAACCUUUUUUGCCUCCAAAACAUGAUUGAUGCUCGGAGCACAACAUAUAUCAGAUGAAUAAGCAAGUUUUAUCCACUUUUAUGGGUCCAGACAUUGAGGGGGCCAAUAAGGAAAUGAGCUUAAUCUCCUUAUGAUGGCCACCACUGUAUCUACAAAUCAUCAUUAUGCAUCAUUAUUAACCAUAGAUUAGAGCCAUCAUAAGGAGAUUAAGGUCAUUUUCCUUACUAGCCCCCCUUAAAGUCCGGACCUCAACCCCAUCAACAAAUUUAGGGUGAGUUGGACAAUAAACUGCACAUGUACUUUCAAAGGAAAGCAUUUGGCUUGAGUUGCAUUAGGCAUCAGAUACCAUUACUGAUAAAUGUCUGAGGAAAUAUGCUGACACUGCCAGAUUGGACAUACCAAAUAUUAUGACUCAUUUUAUUUGAUAUUUGUUGUGCUCCGAGCAACCAUCAUUUUAAAAAGAAAUCAUGUUUUGGAGGCAAAAAAAUGCAAUAUUUUCCAAUCUGUUAGGUGUUCUAAUACCUUUGGGCACCGCUGUACAUUUAAAAGGGACAUAUGAUGAAAAUCUGACUUUUUCCAUGUUUAAGUGCUAUAAUUGGGCUUCUUUUAACCUAGAAAAUGUGAAAAAUAUCAACCCAGUAACUUCGUUUUGGUAAACCAUUCUCUGCAAGCAUGUGAAAAAAAGGUCAUUAAAAUUUGGCUCCCCUUGUGAUGUCAUAAGGAGAUAACACCGCCCCUUAAUCUGCACUUUCCAACCACAGCACUGCCAUUUAGUCAUUUUUGCACACACCUACAAAGUGGCAAUUUUAACAUGUUUUAAGAAAUUAUCUAUAUGGUAUUUUGAGCUUAAACUUCACGUAUGUACUCUGGGGACACCAAAGUUUUAUUUGGCAUCUUAAAGUCGUCUUGUAAAAUGUCCCCUUUAAGCAUUUGGCAGACACUGCAUUCAAGGUAAAUUUUAUCACCAUGUAACUCCUUGAUAUAGGCUGUGCACUCCAAAAUGGAAAAUCUAUUAAUAUUUUUUGCUGACACUACAGCUGGAUAUUAAUCUUUGUUUUUUGUAAAACAUUCUGAAUGUGCCUAAGGCUUUAGCACAGUAUUGUAUAUACUGUAAGUGUACCGUUUUAUUUAAAACGGUAAAAGAAACAAAACUAUAAACAGUAUUCUGCCAAACUGUUCUAUGGGUUUCUGUAAAAAAAAAAACAAGGUUAAGUUUAUAACCUACCAUGACAGUGGUAAUGUAUUAAGUUAAAUUACAAACAAUAUUGAUCCAAUAUUGUCUUUAAAUAAAAAAAAGUGUUUGUUAUGAAGUUUUUGAACCUAAUAAUGGGAUAUAUAAUGUUCUAUGCCUUGAAAAGUAUUAACCCUUAAUCUUGUUAUCUUAAGGGUGCAGACAAUUAAGCUUACGCUUGAAAGUUCGAAAAAUAGUGGGACAUCUUCAUACCAUUCUCAUAAUGUUUAUGAUUGUUACUGAAUUACAUUGGACCCCUAUACUUUCCAAACGCCUCGCUUGCUCUCUCUCUCUCUCUCUCUUUCUCCCGCCUCCCAUCAUGACCUUUACAUUCAUACAAAUAAAUCACUCCUCCACAUUGCCAUCACACUCCUUUUGUUUUCCACAUUUCAAGUUCUUUUUAUGAGCUUUUUGAUAUUGUUUGCUUAUUUAAACUUGUGUUCUGUUUUUAAUCCUUGUUAUUAUUACUAUGAUUAUUAUUAUUGUUGAUGCUCUCGAUGUUGUCCUUGAUGUUAUAAUUGCGAAGCUUUUACCAAAUGAAAAUAAUAAUAAUAAUAACCAGUCAGAUCGUUGAUUCAUUGUAUGUUUGGUCCAUGACAUUUCUCUGGUGGACCUCUUGUAAUAUUAUUCAACGAAGAGGUCCAACCAACUUCAGAAUGACAAAUAUCAUUACUAUCUAAUAAACAUUGCUUAGUAUCUAGAUUUGGGGCUUGCAAACGAAUAACCUGUAUGCAGUGGAUCACAUGUGUAACCAUGAAAUUGAAAACAUAUGCACAUAUUCAAAUUCUGCUCUUUUGGUCUCUACAAUUGCAGCCUUAAAUUGUAAUGCAACUGUAAAGAGUUAAUGGACAGACGUGAACGGCUGCAGUUGUACGGCCCUUGCUAUGCCUCAGCUCAAACGGAUCACGAGUUGAAAUGUUAAUUUAUUUACCCCCAGUUAAGACUGAUAUAUUGCACAUUGAAGUGCUUGGUAUUAUUUGGGAGAGCUGUGUAAAAUCAAGCACUUUUUGGGGUUUUGGUUUUCAUUAUUUUGCAUUUUGUUCGUUUCCUGCUAAGCGUCACUGUGUACGUUGUGAUAAAGCCAGUGACGAUGUUGUGAUCAACAUUCGGCACACCGAACAGAACGUGUUAAUAAUGCAUCUUUCUCUCUUUUGUUUUGUUUGUAAUAAAAGAUAAACUCAAACGGA